CUCAUACUCAUCAUCUUCCUUAAAAAUCCCCAUCACCAUUUCAAUAGCAAAUGUCAAUAAAUUGAUUUGAAUCGAUUCGAAAGAAACCCAAUCAGCCACCAUUUUCCGAUUUGAUAUGGCUUCCCGGAGGCUUGUAUCCUCCCUUUUCCGCCGUGUUAAAUCACCUUCAAUCACAAAACUCCACAAUCCACCGACCCCAUGUCCACGUUACCGCCCUUCGCCGGUAGGUUUUCUGUUGAACCGGGCAGCGACAGCAGGAUACUCUACGGCAGCCGCCGCACUCUCGUCGUCUCCGACGUCUUCCGAAACAACCGGGAAGAUUACCGAUGAAUAUACAGGUAAAGGUGCUGUGGGUCGGGUCUGUCAGGUGAUCGGCGCCGUCGUGGAUGUGCGGUUUGAAGAUGGGUUGCCGCCGAUCUCGACGGCGUUGGAGGUGAUGGAUCAUUCGAUCAGACUCGUGUUAGAGGUGGCGCAGCAUAUGGGAGAGAAUAUGGUGAGGACAAUCGCCAUGGAUGGAACUGAUGGACUUGUUAGAGGCCAAAAAGUUCUCAACACCGGAUCUCCUAUCCUUGUUCCGGUAGGCAGGGAGACACUCGGUCGAAUCAUAAAUGUCAUCGGAGAGCCUAUUGACCACAGGGGUGAAAUAAAAACGAGUCACUAUCUACCAAUUCAUCGUGAAGCUCCGGCAUUCAAUGAUCAGGAAACCGAACAGCAGAUCCUCAUCACCGGAAUCAAAGUUGUGGAUCUUCUUGCUCCAUAUCAAAGAGGUGGGAAGAUCGGGUUGUUUGGUGGCGCCGGCGUCGGGAAGACGGUGCUAAUUAUGGAACUCAUUAACAAUAUCGCAAAGGCCCAUGGUGGUUUCUCGGUGUUCGCCGGAGUUGGUGAAAGAACUCGAGAAGGAAAUGAUCUGUAUCGAGAAAUGAUCGAGAGUGGUGUCAUUAAGCUCGGAGACCAACAAAUGGAAAGCAAAUGUGCGUUGGUGUACGGUCAAAUGAAUGAGCCCCCCGGUUCUCGUGCUCGUGUCGGACUCACCGGACUUACAGUCGCCGAACACUUCCGAGAUGCUGAAGGACAGGACGUGCUUCUGUUCGUCGACAACAUUUUCCGUUUCACUCAGGCGAACUCCGAGGUGUCUGCUUUGUUGGGACGUAUUCCGUCGGCCGUCGGUUACCAGCCGACGUUAGCGACGGAUCUUGGAGGCCUUCAGGAGCGUAUUACGACAACCAAGAAAGGAUCCAUUACAUCAGUGCAAGCUAUCUACGUGCCGGCCGAUGACUUGACGGAUCCUGCUCCGGCGACCACCUUCGCUCAUCUAGACGCCACCACCGUGCUUUCUCGACAGAUUUCGGAGCUUGGAAUCUAUCCGGCUGUGGAUCCAUUGGAUUCAACAUCUAGAAUGCUUUCUCCUCGUAUUCUUGGUGAAGAUCAUUAUAACACUACUCGUGGCGUUCAGAAGGUUCUUCAGAACUAUAAGAAUCUGCAGGAUAUCAUCGCCAUUUUAGGAAUGGAUGAGCUUAGUGAAGACGAUAAACUCACCGUUGCUCGUGCUCGUAAGGUCCAGCGUUUCUUGAGUCAACCCUUCCAUGUUGCAGAAGUCUUCACCGGCGCUCCGGGGAAGUACGUCGAGUUGAAGGAAAGCGUCGCCAGUUUCCAGGGUGUUAUUGAAGGAAAAUAUGAUGAUUUGCCAGAGCAAGCUUUCUAUAUGGUUGGAGGAAUCGAUGAGGUGAUUGCGAAAGCUGAGAGGAUUGCCAAAGAGAAUGCUAGUUAAUUGUCAUUGUUUUGUUUGUUUUAUUUAUAAUACAAUUUUAUUCGGGUGCAUCCGGGUAGCUAGUUUCAGUCAUGAGUAUCAGCUCGACUCUUGAGCUCUUUUUUUGUUUACAUGUUUCUCGGUGGCUAACUGCCGAUUUUUCGCCCCGAGAGGUGCAUUUUAAGGCAAUUAACUUAUGUAUUCCAUUUUUGGACUAAUAGAAAUAAAAUGUAGUAUUGGUAUGAUUGUGG